CGCCCCCUCCUCUCUCUCCCCUCCCCGCCCCGAGCGCGCACCGCCGGCCGGGAGCGCCGCUCCCCCGGCCGCCCCGCCGCCCCCAUGAUGACCGCCAAGGCGGUGGACAAGAUCCCGGUGACCCUCGGCGGGUUUGUGCACCAGCUCCCCGAGGGCAUUUACCCCGCGGAUGACAUCUCCGCCGCGCUGCCAACUUCGGUCGCGAUCUUCCCCAAUGCCGACCUGGCGGGGCCGUUUGACCAGAUGAGCGGUGUGGCAGGAGACGGCAUGAUCAACGUGGACAUGGGCGACAAGCGGGCCCUGGACCUGCCCUACGGCGGCGGCUUCGCGCCCAACGCCCCGGCCUCCCGCAACCAGACCUUCACCUACAUGGGCAAAUUCUCCAUCGACCCGCAGUACCCCGGCGCCGGCUGCUACCCCGAGGGCAUCAUCAACAUCGUGAGCGCGGGGAUCCUGCAGGGGGUCAGCACGCCCUCCUCCGCCGCCGCCGCCUCCUCCGCCGCCUCCUCCGCCUCCUCCGCCUCCUCCUCGGCCACCGCCGCCUCCGCCGCCUCCCCCAACCCGCUGGCCGGGGCCCUCGGCUGCACCAUGGCGCAGGGCCAGCCGGCCGACCUGGAGCACCUCUACUCUCCGCCGCCGCCGCCCUACUCGGGCUGCGGCGACCUGUACCCGCAGGACCCCUCCUCGGCCUUCCUGCCCGCCGCCGGCGGCGGGGCGCUGCCGUUCCCCCCGCCGCCCUCCUACCCCUCCCCGAAGGCGGCGGCGGCCGACGGCGGGCUCUUCACCAUGAUCCCCGAGUACGGCGGCUUCUUCCCGCCGCCCCAGUGCCAGCGGGAGCUGCACGCCGUCCCCGACCGCAAGCCCUUCCCCUGCCCCCUCGACUCGCUCCGCGUCCCGCCGCCCCUCACGCCGCUCUCCACCAUCCGCAACUUCACCAUGGGGGCGCCCCCGGCGGGCGCCGCCCCCGGCAGCGCUCCCGGCGGCGGCGGCGGCGGCGGGGGCGAGGGCGCGGGCGCCCGGCUGCCCGCCGGCGCCUACAGCCCGCACCACCUGCCGCUGCGGCCCAUCCUGCGGCCCCGCAAGUACCCCAACCGGCCCAGCAAGACGCCGGUCCACGAGCGGCCCUACCCCUGCCCCGCCGAGGGCUGCGACCGCCGCUUCUCCCGCUCCGACGAGCUCACCCGCCACAUCCGCAUCCACACGGGCCACAAGCCCUUCCAGUGCCGCAUCUGCAUGCGGAACUUCAGCCGCAGCGACCACCUCACCACCCACAUCCGCACGCACACCGGCGAGAAGCCCUUCGCCUGCGACUUCUGCGGCAGGAAGUUCGCCCGCUCCGACGAGAGGAAGCGGCACACCAAGAUCCACCUGCGCCAGAAGGAGCGGAAAGGAGCCGCCGCCGCCGCCGGCGGGUGCCCGCAGCCCGGCGGCGGGAGCGGCGCCGCCGCCCUGGCCCCCUGCGCGGCGCGGACGCGGACGCCCUGACGGCGCGGGGCGCGCAG